AUGCGGCCCCAGUUUGGAGGAGACAUUAACGUCGGUGAAAUUGGUGAAUAUGAGAUGAUAGGACUUGAAGUUGAUGAAGCUGUUAUCGAUGUGACUGAUGAGAACAUGUCUCCUGGUGGCACGAUGGUGCAUGGUAAUGACGACGAUGAGGAGGGGAUCUGUUGGACUGGUUUGACGGCAUUAGGUGAAGUAAGUGUCCUGCACGCCUAG